AUGGCUUCAGCACGGAUGCAGCGUCUUCGAAGCUUCGUUCAACCAGACUUCGAUGCCCUGCCUGACCGUCCUGUCUCCCCACAAUCUGAGCCCCAGCCCGAGUCCAACCCCGAGUCCAACCCCGAGCCCAAACCUGACCGUGGCAGCGACAACUCCUUUAAUCCAAACCUGGAUUCGAUGCGAUUACCUACCGAGACUGCUACAACCCCUCUUACUGAUGUCGCUGGUCAUCCGGUCGCUGAUCUGAAACGUGGCAGCCUGGCCUCACCUCGUCAUCACUUCACCUCCAUCCAGGCGCUCUCAAGAUACCCAUACAAGUACUGCAACAAGAGUUAUAUGCAAGACAUUGCUUCUUCUUUCUUCGACCAAGGAAAAUUUUGGCAGCGACAGUGGGAUCUCUACUAUAUCUGGGACUUCGAAGAGACCUCAAAACCCUUCAUCCUUGUCCGCGAGAGUCAAGUUCAAGCAUUACUUGGUGAGAUCAACAAACACCUCAAGCUCACCCUAAGGGUCACCGAUCAACAGCGCGAGGAGGGCCUAGUUGUACGCUUUCCUGAUCACCCUCGUUGUUUACCUCGAUACCUCGGUCGCUCUCAGUCACGUGAAGACGUGGAUAACAUGGCCGAGAAUGCUCCCAACGAACAUUUCCGUGCAGCUGGAGAAGCCGCACACCCACCGCUCCAGAAGCCCACCCUAGAAGAGUUCAAGGAGCUGAUGGAGACCUUGGCACAAGCACAGAAGGCGAAGAACAAGGCAAACAGGGACAAGAAGCAACAAGAGCGCCUAGGCAAGAACAAGUCGAUGCAAGACCAGUUUAAACGCGCCGGGAGGUAUCUCGGUCUGCGCGACUCCAUCCAAGAUCCGUUGCCGUCUACGCCGUCUCCAGCCAUUGAUCCCUCCAUGCCAGCUCCGUUUCCUUUCGAUCAGUCUGUCGUAUUUGUCUGCGUCGAUGUUGAGUCGUACGAAAGAGACCAUCACAAGAUCACCGAAGUCGGUGUCGCCACCUUGGACACGCGAGAACUGGUAGGUGUCCCACCUGACAAAUACGGUGGGGCUUGGAGAAACAAGAUCCGAGCCCGCCACUUCCGCAUCAACGAGUAUCGCCAUCUAGUCAAUUCCGACUUCGUCACCGGAUACCCUGACGGUUUCGAUUUCGGUGAUUCGACCUUUGUCCCACUCAAAGAAGCUGCGAACCACGUGGCGGCUUGCUUCCACGCACCUUUCGGAGCCCAAGACGGCGAUGACUUUCUCAGUCACUAUGACCCUACCGAAAAGCGCAACAUCAUCUUUCUCGGUCAUGAUACCCUUGGCGACGUCCGCUAUCUCCAGAAACUCGGUUACGACCCGAUGAAAGUAGAAAACAUCCUCGAGGCCAUGGACACCGCAAUCAUGUAUCGGAUCUGGAAUCGAGACCAGCAACCCACCAGCCUGGGCAAGAUCCUAAAGCAAUUUGAUAUCAUCGGCUGGAAGCUUCACAAUGCAGGCAAUGAUGCCGUAUACACCGUACAAGCCAUGUUGGCAAUCUGUGUAAACGAGGCUACUAUCCGCGGCUCCCAAGAACUGGACAGUAUACGUGAGCAAGAGAAGGCUGCUAGGCGACAAGCUGCUCUUGAUGAAGCCGAGCAGAAAGUCAAAGACGACGCCGAAGGCUGGAGUGAUCAUGAAGCAGUUGGAGAUGGCGGUGUACCUGUUCCUCUGGCAUCUGUUAUCGCACCAAAGCCAGCGCAGUCCAAGGUUAGGAUUACACCGCAGUACGACGGCACUUCGGAGUUUAGCAUGGGCCCACCUCGUGGUCGUGGCUCUUCCGGUUCAGGCGAUAGCCAACGUAGUCGUGGAUACCGUGGUAGCACUGGACAGAGAGCUUCUCGUGGACGUGGUCAGGUGGACGGGCGCGGUCAGUCGGGCGGAGGAGGAAGGCCUCGUGGACGAGCGCGUAGUCAGGUUCAAGGACGUGGUCGCGGCCGCGGUCGUUCGGACUCGCCUAGGGAUGCCCCUGCGUCGGAGGCUAUUCCUCAGGUGCAGUACCACUGGUAA